GGCAAAGGAUUUUGAAGUAAAAGCAAAGUUUUUCUCACCAGUACUUUACUCCUGUCUCCUCUUUAUCAUAUAAUGCUAUGCAAGAUAAACUGGUUAUCUGUAAAGGGAAGAACAUCUUUCCCAUAGAAAUUUUGUUCCUCUUUAUUUAGAAUUGAACAUUUCAAAAACCAAAGAAAAAAUGCUGCCAGAUUCCAACACAGAAGACCUUAUACUACAGCAGCAAAACAUCAGGGUAUGUGCUACAGUUCCAACCGGCACCCACAGUCUGAGGCCAAAACAAACAGGAUGUGGGACGUUCAUUGCUCUGUCAUCUGUCAUUGCCGCCAUAAGUGGACUUCUAGUUGGCUAUGAACUGGGAAUUAUCUCAGGAGCUCUCCUUCAGUUACACAGUUUAUUAGGACUCAGUUGCCAACAGCAAGAAAUUGUGGUGAGCGCACUACUGAUUGGAGCAUUUGCGGCCUCACUUGUUGGAGGUUUCCUUGUAGACUAUUAUGGACGAAGGGUUACUAUAAUUAUGACAUCCUGCUUAGUUGUAAUAGCAAAUAUACUGUUAAUUAUAAUUGCAUCUUUUGGAAGUCUCAUCGUUGGACGUAUUGCCAUUGGGGUUUCCAUAUCUUUGUCUGCCAUUGCAACCUGCGUGUAUAUUGCUGAGAUUGCACCUCAGGAUAAAAGGGGCAUGUUGGUUUCUCUAAACGAAUUAAUGAUUGUUGUUGGCAUUCUGCUGGCCUACAUUUCAAAUUAUGUAUUUUCAACUGUUGCCAAUGGUUGGCAAUAUAUGUUUGGUCUCAUAAUUCCCUUAGCUUCCUUGCAGGCUAUUGCUAUGUAUUUCCUUCCACCAAGUCCUCGUUUUUUGAUCAUGAGAGGUUAUGAUGAAGCUGCAGGCAAUGUCCUUCAAAAACUGAGAGGAAAUUCAAACAUUAAUGAAGAACUCACAGCUAUCAGGUCAUCCAUAAAAGCUGAGUACCAAUACACCUUUUUGGACCUGUUUUGUUCCAGAGACAACAUGAGGGUUCGUUUGUUCAUAGGGCUAACAUUAAGCUUUUUUGUACAAAUUACAGGACAACCCAACAUUUUAUUCUAUGCAUCUACUGUUUUGAAGUCAGUUGGGUUUCAGAGUAAUGAAGCUGCUAGCUUAGCUUCCACUGGAAUUGGUGUUAUCAAAGUUGUCAGUACAAUACCAGCAACAUUUUUUGUAGAUAAAGUUGGAAGCAAAACAUUUCUCUGUGUUGGCUCUGCCAUCAUGGCAGUGUCUUUAAUAUCAAUGGGACUAGUUAGUCUUAAAAUUGAUGUAAGCUUCAACAACAUUUGUAAAGUUCACAACCAAUACAACUUAUCAUUGGAGGAUUCUUUGUUUUAUGAGUCUGAAGCAAUAGCUAAAAACAACAAAUCUCUCCAAGAAGAUUUCAAUGUAAUGGCAUCAACAAGGGCCUCUUUAUAUACUGAGUCAAAAAGGAGGACAAUAUCUUCGAACUUGACCAAUCAACUAGUGUUCGUCUCAAAAAAUAUGGAGGUUAAAUCAGAAGAGCAUGAGGUGCCGGUGUUGUUGAAGUGGUUGUGCUUAGCUAGCCUUCUUGCAUAUGUCGCAGCUUUUUCUAUAGGGUUGGGACCAAUGGCUUGGUUGGUGCAGAGUGAAAUUUUCCCUGUAGGAAUCAAAGGUCGGGCUUUUGCCUUAACUAGCAGCAUGAACUGGGGGAUGAACCUUCUCAUAUCCCUAACAUUUCUUACUCUAACUGAAAUCAUUGGCUUGCCUUGGAUGCUUUUUGGCUACUCUGCAAUGAGUUUGACAUCACUGGUAUUCAUUAUAAUGUUUGUUCCGAAUACAAAGGGCCAGCCACUAGAGGAGAUAUCAAUGGAGUUAGCAAAUAGACACUAUGGAUGCCGUGCAGUUUGUUUAAAUAUACGAAGCAGAAAGAAACUAGUACCUAUGCAACUGGUACCAAGUUCAGCAUAGUCUUUCUCUAUGGACCCUGCAGACUUUGAUGUGUAAUUUAUACAUCAGACAAUUGUGUUUUUUUCAAGUGUUUAGCCCUGAGUAUCAGUUUUAAAUGAUCACUAAAAUGAAUUCCACGACUGUUACUUAAAAUAUAUGCUGCUAGUUUUAUAAAUUUGAUUAUAUUUAUACAGUUGUCUACUGAUACAUUUUGCUUUAUUUCAAACAUUUUUGGUUUCAAAUGAGUCUUUUUUUUCUUAUCAAUAAAGUUUUAAAAUGA